UGGCCGGGCAUACAGGGAAUAUUAAAUUCUCAAAAAAACAGAUAAUUACUCGUGUUCCACAGUUGCCCUAGACACGUGGUGUAUCCUUACCUGCCCACCGUACUGUCGCUAUGAUUAUCGGUUGAAGCUCUCCGGAAAAUCACUGAGGCAAAGAAAGAAUAGAGAGAGAAAAAGAGAGAGAGAGAGAGAGGGGGGGUAAUCUCUCAACCUAGAGAGAGAAAGAGAGGUGUAAGAGAGAGAUGGACGGCGGAAGAAGCUGCGUCGCCAGGCGCUGGACCAGCGGCGUUAACGACAGAACAAUACUAGAUCGGAUAAUGCUCAGAUUCCGGCCUAUAGCCCCUAAACCGGCCACCGGAGGAUCUGGGUCCGGCGAGUCUCCGCCGGAGAACAAGAGCAUCACAACAAAAGCAAGACCUAAAAGAAAAUAUGUCAAGAAUAACAGGAAUAGAAGGUGUAAGAAAAGCAAAGUCGAAAGAGGAAAAGAUGGGUCUGAUCGGACGGUCACGACGCAACAGCUACUCCCUCAGAUUUGCUGCCGGAAAGACUCGCCGGCAGGAGUUUCUUGCGGCAGUCUUGAUUUUCCGGCGAUUCAAAAACAACCCAUAUGGCUGAACUUCGAUAAUAGGCCGGAAAAUUCAGAUCUGACGGCGGUGGGGCCACCGAAGAGAGUGGCAGAGUCGUGGGUGAUUUUGGAAUGUGUGACGGACGCUUGCAUGGAUGGAGGUGGGUUAGGGGCAACGGACGUGGAGAGAGUCAAGAAUCUAGAGGCUGACACGUGUCCGGGAUUCAUAUCAGACGUUGGGAAUAAGGUACAGUGGAUAAAUCUAGCUUAUAAGAGGAUGGUGGUGGCGGCGGCGGCGGAGGAAGACGGUGGAUCGCCACCGGAGACGGUGGUGAGAUUGGUGGCGAAGGUGGAGUUGCCGAUAUCGUACCCGGCAUUUGCAUGUAGAGUACGAACGCAGUACACGUGGCGGAAUGAGAAGUACUCACAGACUGUGCCUUGUGAUGUAUGGAAGAUGGAUUUUGGAGGGUUUGCAUGGAGGCUUGAUGUUAAAACUGCACUAUGUUUGGGACGCUGAGGAAGCAAAAUUGUUCUUUUUUUUUUCUUCAGGCUUACCGUGAGAGAGAAGAGGAGAAGGGACAAACAGAGUUCAGAAUAACUCUGUCUGCACUAUUUUCACUUCAGAGCACAAAAACAGGAUUUUGCAUAAAAUUAAGGCACGGCUGGCCUUAUUUGGGCCCGGCAGACAGAUUCCAAGGAAGGCAGACAAAAUUACAUCUAAAACCACUACGAGCAUGCCAUCCUUGUGCUUCUAUUGUAAAUUGAAAAUUAAUGAUUUCAAUAUUGUUGUAAUUAUUAGCAUUGUAAUUAAUAUUGUUGUAACAAUGUUUCGUUAGAUAGUUAGCUUAUUUUGUUGUAUUAAAUUAGCUAGUUAGUUAAUUAUAGCUUAGCUAGUUAGUUAGUUAUUCAUUCACUUUUGUAAUAAUUAGUUUAAAGUCGGGCUCUU